UAAUGAGAGAGAGGUUUUUCUUGUCUUCCCAGCAAGCAUUUUGCAGCAUCCGGCUGUAAUAGUUCUUUCAGAAUUUCCUCCAUAGCAGUUCUUGGCAUCAUGUUCAGAGCCAACAAAGAAGGAAGAUUUAACACCAUGGAGGAUCGGAUCAGCGAGCUUCCGGAAGACAUUAUUCACCAUAUCAUCGCUUUAUUAGAAACAAAAGACGCAACUCGAAUGAGCAUCUUGUCCAAAAAAUGGAGGAGCUUAUGGCAUUCUUUCCCCAUCUGGGAUUUCGACGAGACCUCCCCCUUACGUGAUUUGCAUGAAGGAUCUGAAUCAAGAAGAGAAAGAUUCAUCAACUCUGUUAAUGAAUCGCUUCAUCAUCGGCUAUAUUUCUUUAGUUUACAAAAAAUCAGGUUGUGUCUAUGGCCUGUGAUUGCGAAUUCCCAAAUCAAGGACCUAUUCAUUUCUUGCGUGGAUAGGUGGAUAAGCCUUGCUAUAGAGAGGAAGGUGAAUGAGCUUGAUCUCCAAUUCAUGUAUGCCGGCAUAAUCCGUAAAAGCAAGGCCUAUUACAGUCUGCCUGACACUGUCUUUGCCUCAGAAUCAAUUCACACAUUACGACUAGAAAGCUGCAAGGUAAGGCCCUCUGGUGAGAUUGGCCUUUCAUCCUUGAAGACACUGUGUCUUCAGUAUGUUUUUGUUGAUGACCUGGUCAUCCAGCAUCUCUUCUCUAGUUGCCCUCUUAUUGAGUUUAUGAGUCUCAAACACUGUCAUGGUUUGUUAAAUCUGAAAAUCUCGGAGCACCUUGCACUUAAGACCUUGAUUGUGGAGUCCAGGGCGGAACUCUCCAAGAUUGCGAUCGAUACUCCGAAUCUUGAAACCUUAACUUUACAACACGAAGGGGAGUUGUCUUUUGAAAUCAUUACUACAGGUCUCAUAAAUCUAUCUCUUGUAGGAGUCUCAGUUUCAGAGGGCACCCUCCAUGGGCUGAUUUCCAAUCAGUCCCUCCUUGAGAACUUGAACCUGGUUUCCUGCGCUGGUUUCCAGAGACUUAAGGUUUAUAACCGAAAGCUGAAGACCUUAAUGUUGUAUAGUUGCAGUAGCUUAGUCGAGGUCGACAUUGAUACUCCAAAGUUCUCCUUACUUGAGAUCAUAAAUGUGAUUGUUUGUGUAAAUUUGAAGAAGCUCAAGUUCUGUGGCCAUAAGUUAAGGAGCUUGGCCUUAUGUGGUUGCCACAGUUUGAUAGAAGAUGUGCUUGAUACUUCCAAGUGGUCCAUGCUUAAGACAUUGAUCCUUAUUCAAUGUGGAAACUUCAAAGGACUUAAGGUUCAUAAUGGAGAACUUAAGAGCUUGUUGUUGUAUGAUUGCAGCAAUCUGGUCGGAGCCUAUGUUCAUGCUCUAAAACUUGUUUCUUUCAAGUACGUUGGGCAUGGGUUACAGUUCAGUCUAAUGAACACUUCAUGUUUACUUGAUGCUGAGUUUUGGUUAUACCCAAAAACCGUUGGUACCAUUUGGUUUGAUGAAUUGAUUCCUCUUCUUAAAUGGUUUGGGCAUGUUAAGCUUCUAACACUGGUUUCCAACUCUUGGCAGAACUUGAUAAUUCCGAAAAAAAUGAGGGAAAUAUUGAAGCCUCCACUAUAUGAUCUCAAGCAUCUGAAACUGAAAAUGAGCAUACCAGUAGCAGGGAUUUAUAAAGAAUCUCUGAAUACUUUGCUGCUGACAUCUCACCUAAAGAGUUUAUCUAUGUCAAUGAACUUCACUACAUGGUUUGUGGAGAGAAAUCAUUCUCGACUAGCAGAAGAGCACUCAAAGAUGAGUUACACAGAACUCACUGAUAGCUCACUUUGGAUUUCACCUCAUCUCGAGACUCUAUCUAUAGAUAAGAGUUCUGCCGAUUUACUCUUGAAGUUCCAGUAUAAAUCCAUAGAGGAUGAAGGAGGAUUUCCUCUCAGUUGGCAGCAGGACUUGAAAGAAGUGAAGAUAGAGAACUUUGCAGGAACUGACAUGGAAAUGAGUUUACAUGAGUUUUUUCUUGCAAAUGGGGAGGUCCUGGAGGCAAUUACAGUGUCUAGACCCCUUAAGGAACUUAUUCAUCACAGAAAUUCUUCUGGUAGGUUACGUGGAGUGAAUUUCCAUCGAAAUAGUCUUGAAGAGAUAAAUAAUAUCUACCUUCAGAUGGAGUCACCAGAGAAUUUUGAAGAUCAGAGGCUUGAAGACUUAUACAAAGUUCUAUUGGAUGUAUAG